UAGAGUCUCAGGUUCGCAAUCCAUCGCCUUGUAAUCCUUUAAUCGUCACAACCCUCCCGACCUCACCACUACUUUCGCCAACCGCAAUUGCGUCGACGUGCUUAACAACCCCCGUCCCCCCCGGCAAUUAAUGUCGCUUACCUUCAACUAAGUCUUCGUUGUUUGUGGUGCCGCGGUGCGGCUUGGAAAAAAAAAACAUGGCGGCCAUGUUGGGUCCCGACAUGAUGGUUGGAUCGACUACCAAUGCUUUUGAUCAUUCAACUACCGCUUCCGACAUGACGAACAAGACUCCCCGAUCUCAAAUUCCGCUACCCAAUCCGCCCUUCGUCUUUCCUGCCAAACCGGCUUCUUCGGCGCCCUCAUCGUACUCCCGCGCUACUGGAAGACGCCCACACUCCGCUAUCGAGCCACAGCUUCCGAGCUUCUCCCUUGGUGCUGAUAUCGACAAGCCUGUGUCCAGAUCACCUGCACUCCCGGCCCUUCCCGCAUUCUCAUUCAACCCCGGCAGCCCCUUGCCUCCAGCAGCGCUCACCGAGAGCUCGUUUCUCAGCCCUACUCUUCCUCCAUCGGCCCCUUCUUCACCAAUGGCAAUUCCAACCCGGCCCGGAGGUCAUGGUCAUCGCAGGGGAGGUAGCGAGUUUGUAGGAGGCAGCAUUCGUGGCGGAGAUUCGAUUACGGUCAACUUGGGUUCUAGUCCUACCAAGUCAGAAAGUGGCUUGGCUUCCCCCUUGUUGCAACCAAAGAAGUCUGCUGGUCGCAGAGGUCAUGCUCACCGGAGAUCUGCCGCAAUUUCAAGCCACGACUUGUCUUCUAUCAUCCUCCCUCCUACCGCUAGAGAGGCCAGGAAGGAUAGCCCCCCGGCAAGCCCAGCGACUGUCGAUCCUCCCCAGGAACUCCCGUUGGUCAGCGAUGAGAAGUCGCAGCCUGAGACGACAACAACAGCAAUUACUGUUUCCGAGGUUCCGGAACCCCUUGCUCCAGAGGUAUCGACACCACCCGUUGAGGAGCCAGUAGCUACCACGGAAGUCCAGGAACCCCCGAAGCCAUCCGUCCGUACAAGGGUUGGUUUCUCUGAUACUCUCGAAUACAUCCCGAGACCUGUGUCGCUUGUUUCUAGCGACACCUCCAGUACGGUUACCGCUCGUCCCGGCCACUCUGUUUCGGGUAGUAUUUCGUCUGUCAUCUCCAUCACAAACGUGGAGCUGGGCUUGAACACUCUUUUGGCCUUUAAUUCGUCGCCCGAGCUCAAUGACCGGCCAAGUACUGCUGGAGCCGUCCUUGAACGGGCCGAGACAGGCCAGGAGCAAGCCCAGGAGGUAGUCUCACCGAGACGCCGUGGUUCCAUUCCCCUUCUUGGUUCGAUUCCGCCGCCUUCAGCAUACACGUCAGCGACUCCCAGCCCCACCAAGUCCUCGAAAAAGUGGUCUUUCUUCGGGAAGGACACCUCCUCAGCUUCAUCUCCUACGAAGUCUUCGGAGUCGCCCAAGCUGUCGGCAUCAACAAAGUCCACUCCACAGCGCUCCCCGGGUCUUCCGGCCCAAGAGCUCCCCGAAGAGCUGGCGGAGAUGAAACCGCUCACGAAGAAGAGGAGCAAGAAAAAGAAGAAGGUUAAGACGUGGGCCGGGUCCAUUCUGUCUCGGAAGCAAAGCAAAAAAUCGCGAAAUGGCAAGGGACUGCGGCGGACUCCUACACCCACUUCUCGGCGUUCCUAUAGUGUGAACGAGUCAGAUGUUGAUAUGGUCGUCGAGCCGGAGGCAGUUAUGCCUACAGUUCUGGUGACUGAAUCAAUCGACCCCACUGCAAAGGACUGGGAUUCAUACAAGCCAGCAUCCCUUCCUGACGAAGAGACGUCAUACCAAAUGAUUGAUUUGGACGCAGCAUUGGGACCAUUCAAUACGCCUCUCCCUCGCAACCCGGAAUGGGAGGCGGCGCAGAGAGCGGGAGGUACCGUUAAGAAACAAUUGCACAGCGCUGCAGGUUUGAGGGGCUUCACUGGCCCUGGAAUGCAUUAUCACAGACGUGCUGAGAGUGCACCCGAAUUGGUACCUUUCGAAGCUGCUCGGUUUGGCUUCCCUCGGUUCGGGAGCAGCUCGACCAUGGCUGAUGUCUUCGAGGAGGACGAAGAGGAAGACGAGGACGAGUCGCCCAAAUCUACUGGACAGUCAACCCCUGUUAUGGAGACUCCCCUGGCCGAUACUUUCGAGGAGUCGAAGGCUUCUGCAAAGGGUAAGGAUGUCGCGAAGCCCACUGCUGAUGAACAACGGGAAACGGCAGCCGAAUCUGUUGCUGUACCUUCAGGAGUAAACACCGACGAGGAUGGCAACGCCUCCGUGAAGUCUUCAAUCCAUAUAGGGUCUUUGACCAGCCAGUCUCAGGAUGCGCUUCAACAAGAGACAUCCGUCACUGAUUCUCCCCGUCCUAGCUUCAACGGAUAUCAGAACGAGCUACAGGCUAGACACAGCUUCUCGGGGUCUGCGACUCCUUCGCCCAGGCAGACCUUCCGUCCCAAGGACCUUGCUGCAGUUGACUGCUGUCCUUUGACCUUGCCUACUGCUGCGUCAUGCGCACCGGUCAGCCCUCACUCGAUGACCCCGUCGUCGGCCUUCCCAUCUCCCAGGUCUCCCUUGUCCUACGAUACCCAUCGCAUCUCGACAGCGCCGUCAUCCAUCACUGAGGACAAUUUCCAAUCACUGCUUAUGGGCGAACCUGGGCCGGAGGUACGGAUUUCGGUGGACGAUGUCCCAUCAUUGACCAGCGCGGACUCGUCGAUGACUCGUGAGAGCUUUUUUGCGCAAAACCCUCAAGCUAGGCAGCUAUCCUCCAACACGCUGCCUAGGCCUGCCUCGUUCAGUGCCGCUGCCUUUGGUCGAAGGCGAUCGAGUCUUGCUAGCCUUAGUCGUCUUGUUAGCAGCUCGCACGGUGAGCGCAGCAAGCUCUCGAUGGAAGUUUCGGUGAAUGAUGACGGAUCGGAGAAGAAAGUCAAACCCAGCAAGACAAAGCGGCUCGGCCGGUUUGUACAGUUCUGGAAAUCAAAGGAAAAUGGCGAGGCUUAACGAUGUUUUCAGGCGAAACCAGCUAGGAGCAUGGGUGUCAAGGCUCUUCUGCUUUCAUGUGGCGCUAAAUAAGGAAUUGGGGGAUCUAGAUGAGAUUUACUCAGGGGGCUUUUCAACUUGACGGAUAGGGCGUUCUCUUUCUUUUUGACGAUAGCACGAAGGACAAGAUAACACGAGACGAAGGGGGGUAGCAGCAGCAAUCUUGGUCACACCAGAAAUUUGUUUAGGGGACGAGACGUUUAUUUCUCAAGGAAUGAUGUGGUCAAGGGACAUAUGAUUCAAAGGUGGACGAUGACAAUUUUUUGUGAUUCUAUGGACAUAUCAUUGCAAAUGUCUACGAUCAACUUAGGGCGGAAGGUUUUGACCAAGUGAGCUUCAAAUGCAAACACAAUUAUUGGGCAAUUCAAGUCAUGAUACCAUGCGCUUUCCACGUUGAUAUGUGCCUUCUGUCUUCGUGCUUUUGUCAA